AUGUUACCCAGAUGUGAAGACUACGACUGCUCCUCUGCCCACACCCACAACCACGCCUUCCACCCCGACCACAACCACAACCGUGCCUUCCACCCCAACAACAACCACAACCGUGCCUUCCACCCUGACCACAACCACAACCAUGCCUUCCACCCCAACAACAACCCUGCCUUCCACCCCUUCCACCCCGACCACAACCACAACCAUGCCUUCCACCCCAACCACAACCGUGCCUUCCACCCUGACCACAACCACAACCAUGCCUUCCACCCCGACAACAACCAUGCCUUCCACCCCGACCACAACCAUGCCUUCCACCCCGACCACAACCAUGCCUUCCACCCCGACCACAACCACAACCACGCCUUCCACCCCGACAACAACGACGCCUUCCACCCUGACAACAACCACAACCAUGCCUUCCACACCGACAACAACCACGCCUUCCACCCCGACCACAACCACGCCUUCCAAUCAGACAACAACCACAACCACGACUACCACCCCGACCACAACCACAACCAUGACUACCACCCCAACCACAACCUCAACCACGACUACCACCCCGACAACAACCACGCCUUCCACCCCACCAACAACCACAGCUUCCACCCCGACAACAACCACAACCACACCUUCCACAGUGACAACAACCACAACCACGCCUUCCACCCCGACCACAACCACAACCACGCCUUCCACCCCGACCCCAACCACAACCAUGACUACUACCCCACCAACAACCACAUUAUCUGUGACUAA